AUGAGGACGGGACUCUCAACUGCGGUGCAGAUGAGCAAUUUGGAGACGUGUCGAGUGUGUGGUGAUGCACCUGCGAGGAUGCAUUACGGCGUUGUGACGUGUUUCGGGUGUAAGGGCUUCUUUAGGAGAACACUGAAACGGCCUACUGAGUAUACGUGCAGACAUCAAGGCAACUGUAUUGUUGACAGACAUGAGCGAAAUUCAUGUCGUUAUUGCCGUUUUAAACGAUGUUUGGAAGUCGGAAUGGAUCCAAAAGCAGUCCGACCGGAUCGAGACACGACCGGACGUCAUUUUGAGUGGCGCUCUCGCCGACAUAAGCAGCAGAAGCAAUCGUGGAACGGCGAGGAGUGUAAGGGAGUUGGCUUCAGAGGUCAGGCGAUUGGCGGCGGGAGUGGGGGUAUGGCAGGUAUCGCUUCACUGCUUCAACGACGAGUCAACAGCCAGUUCCAGGUGGUGCACGACGAGUGGAUGCGUCGAUUACCGGUCGACUUGAGAACAACACUCAUGCAGAUCAUGAAUGUCGAUCUGAUUGUCAGUAAAGGUGACACGCACGAGAAUGCCAAAAUCAUCUACCCCCUGAAGAGUGUUUCAUUGGUGGAUGUUUUACGGGAUGCAUCAGUUUUGAAAGGUAAACGUACCGAGUUUGUGCCGGUGGUAUCGCUAAACGCCACCAGACCGAACCAAAAUCUCACACAGAAAUAUCCUCGCCUUCGUUGUUCAGAGCACUGGCCCGGCCCAGCCGAGCACAGUGAUGACGGAGACGUGAUGUUUAAGGCAGUAAUUCAGGAGACGUUCUAUCACGUUGUACGCGAGACACAUCCCAAGCAAAUUGCGUCCGCCAGAUUCGGCAAUAUUCUCUUGUUUUUGCCCAAUAUUACGAUUCUUGGUGAACUAAUGCGCGAAAAUAUCGAAUCAAUCGCGAAAUCAGCGGGCACUGAACGUUUGGAGUCGUCUGGCAAGGACUCGCAGCAGACGGCGAACGACGAGUCAGAUGCGGCCUAUAAUCUGACGAUUACUCCGAAUAUGACGUCGUUCCAAGAGAUCACAUCGGCGCUGAAUCUCGACGAUAAUCUCCUCCUCCUGCACACCACGCCGCCGAAUUCACCCGAAUUCGGUUAUACGCCCGUGCCGACCCCCUUUCAAAGAGCGCACUUCUUUAUCGGUUCGCGUUUUUGUUAUUAA